AUACAAGACAUUACACCACCAAGUCCUAAACCCUAAAAGCAAUGGCUUCCUUUGCAAAACCACUUCCAUUUUUCUUCCUUCUGGUGCUAGUUUGCUCUUCCUUUAUACACAUCAUUCAUGCUAGACAGAGCGUGUCCUUCAGCAAGGUCACCCACAACGACAACAACAACAACAACAACGAUAAUUAUGUUAUGGAGGCGGAGGCCGAAGCACCAGCGCCAGCACUACAAGUAGUAGCAGAGGCACCGGAACUAGUACCAACACCGGUACCGACACCAAGUUACACCGAAAGAGACCAUGGCAGCAACAGCGCCCUGUAUGGUCUUGGCUCGACCAAUUCCCCUUCCACGAAGGAGACUCCAACCACAAUUACUGAUGUUGAAGAUCAAAUCUUGAGUGAAGAACUUAGCGGUGAAAGUUUUGAUCAUCCGAAAGGUAAUUACGAAAGCACCAACUUGUACAACAAGGACAACAUUAAUCAGGACACUGGCUACACCGGCAACAGCUACUAUGUCAAAAACUACGAUGGCAGAGGAGGCUACAACCGCAGUCCCCCGAGUGGAGGCAAUGGGAUUAGUGAACAGCAAGGGAUUAGUAAUCAGGACAUUGGCUACACCGGCAACAGUUACUACGUCAAAAACUACGAUAGCAGAGGAGGCUACAACCGCAAUCCCCUGGGUGGAGGCAAUGAGAUUAGUGAACAGCAAGGGAUGAGUGAUACAAGGUUUCUGGAAAAUGGUAAAUACUAUCAUGAUGUGAAGAAUGAGAUUAAAAAUAAUAAUUUCAAUGGUAACUACGAAUCAGAUGGGAGAGGAAGUAACAGAAAUGAUGUUGAGCGCUACUACAGCAACAGUCACAGCUCCAAUGAGUUCAACACCAUGGAGGAGUAUGAUAAGUACCAGAAGACCCAAGGAUAUGUGCCCUAAAUGAUAUUCAUGUUUUUAGGUGUGCGUUGAAAACUUAAUCAAUAUAUAAGAGAUUUUAUGGUUUGUUUUGGAA